AUGGGUUUUAAAGACGUCUACAAUCUCGUUGGCGGAUUCAAGCAAUGGAGUGGUGAAAACUUGCCCGUGCUUCAAUACGACAAUAACCAUUCGCCUUGGGUCCAUACGGUCUUUGAAAAGGAAACAGAGACAGCUCAGUAUAUUGUUACGGAUGUAGAAUCCAAGGAGGCAUACAUCAUUGAUCCCGUCUUGGAUUAUGACCCAUUUUCUGCUACAGUGCGCCCUACUAUGGCCAAGAAGAUUCUAGAAUUCAUUACCAAACACAACCUGAGUGUGACCAAAAUCAUUGACACCCACGUUCAUGCAGAUCACUUGACAGCCGCUCACUAUUUGAAGGAUCUGCUACCAUCAAAGCCCGAGUUCUGGAUGGGAAGUAACGUGACCAAGGUCCAAGAAGUGUUUAGUCAAAAAUAUAACCUUCCGGGUUCGCAGCUUAGCGCCACCGGCCAACAAUUUGACAAGUUGAUCAACGAAGGUGACACAUGGAUCCUUGGCGAGAACAUUCAGUGUUCCGUUUUAAGCACACCAGGACACACACCUGCUUGUAUGUCUUACCGAAUCGGCGAUGCUGCAUUUGUAGGCGAUACGUUAUUUAUGCCGGACAUUGGUACAGCACGAUGCGAUUUCCCUGGUGGUAGCGCCGAACAAAUGUACGACAGUGUUCAAAAGAUGUACAAAGCAUGGCCAAAUGAUACACGAAUCUAUGUUGGUCACGACUACCCACCCGCGAAUUCAGACAGAUCGGUAAUCGUAACAACCCUCGGAGCGCAUAAAGAAGCUAACCAAAUGGUUCACGAGGGCAUUUCAAAGAACCAGUAUAUUGACCUUCGCAAGAAGCGUGAUUCACAACUCAGAGCCCCACGAUUUAUUCAUCCUGCCCUCCAAGUAAAUACAAUCUAUGGUUCUCUUUUGCUACUGCUUGCUGAUUUUCCUACAAUUUUUCUUUUAAUUUUCUUAGACCAACCUACGCGGUGGCCAUCUUCCUGCUGA